GUUUUUUAACACGUUCACCUCGAAGGAAGAACAGCCUUAGCAUCGGAACACAAACAUGCGUCAAAGCACAAUCUUCUUCGUGGUACUUGCGGCCCAAGUGUCCAGCGGGACCCACAGAUUUAAACCUAUAAAUCGAACUAUAAAUGACGUCUCUGGACUCAAGAGUUGCUUGUUUCGCGUAGAACCUAAAAUCAGAGAACGAAGCAAUGGAAUGACAAGUAUGGAUAAUAAAGAAAAAGCAUUAUGCUGCGAUCCUUCCGACAAUCCGAUCGACUGCACAUGUGUUGGGAUAGCGUUUUGUUCAGGCUACAUAACUGGUUUGAAACCGAGUCUAAUCGCACCAAAAGGUAACAAUUCGAGGCAAAACCAUCGACUGGACGAUGAAAAAAUCGCUGAAAUACAGUCAAACGACCACCGAUCAAACAAGGAAGUUUUGAGUC